AUGGCCGAGGCAACUCGAGGUCUCUCAUUCGAGAACCGAACAGUCAUCGUUACUGGUGCUGGUGGCAGUAUAGGCAGGCCACUCUGCCUCGCUUUUGCUAAAGCCGGUGCCAACGUGAUCGCUAACGAUUACGGCUGUUCUGCAGCAGGGCAAGGCUCGUCGGGAGCUUCGGCGGAGCAGUUAGUAGCUGAAAUUGCGGCACAAGGACUAUCGGCCGUGGCGGAUACCCACAACGUUGCUACAGAUGCUGAUAAAAUCGUUGAGUUGGCAAUUGAAAGAUUUCAACGCCUUGAUAUUAUUGUCAAUAAUGCGGGGAUCAUCACAUAUGGCCCAGUAGAGGCCCAAGAGCCCGGGGAUAUCAAACGAGUGCUUGAGGUCAAUGCACUCGGCGCGAUGGCGCUUUGUCAUUACGCCUGGCCACAUAUGCAGAAGCAGAAAUACGGGCGGAUCAUCAACUUUACCUCCGACUCCGUCUUUGGAAUGCCUUCCAGUGCUGGAUAUGUGCUGUCCCGCGGCGCCAUGCUUGGGGUUACCAAGACGCUAGCUUUAGAGGGACAGCCACACAACAUACUUGUGAACACAAUCGGUCCUUCAGCCUAUUCACGCAUGGUUUCAGAUGUGAUCCAAGAUCUACCACCGGAUCAGCAGGAGGGGUUCAAGCGCGCCUUUACUGGUGAAUCCAAUAUUCCGCCGCUUCUCGCUCUAGCAAGUGAAGAGAACACAUACACGGGCCAGAUCUGGACCUCCGGGAACUACGCUAUGGGUCGCACAAUCCUUGGAACUGUGAAGGAAGUUAAACGACUUCGUACAGCGCGCGACUGUCUAUCAGCGAUGACAGAACUGAUGGAUAAGAGCAGGGCAUGGAUAGAACCUCAAAGCAUUCAGGAGUUUCUGAACUUCAGAGCUUGA